CUGCGCUCCUUUCCGAGACCUGUGGUGCGUGCUGUGGAGCCUUGUCAAGUCUGCUGUCCUAACUCACCGCUGUUCGCUCCUGCUGAGGAACAAGUCGGUCAGGAAGCUACCUACGCCUCAGCCACGGCAUUUAAAGAUACCGGGAAGACUCCCGUGGAGCCCGAAAUGGCGAUUCACCCGAUUCGAAUCACGCUCACCAGCCGCAACGUGAAGUCGCUGGAAAAGGUUUGUGCGGACUUGAUCAGAGGCGCAAAGGAAAAGAAUCUGAAAGUGAAAGGACCAGUGCGCAUGCCUACCAAGACACUGAGAAUCACUACCAGAAAAACCCCUUGCAGUGAAGGUUCCAAGACGUGGGAUCGUUUCCAGAUGAGAAUCCACAAGCGACUCAUUGACUUACACAGUCCUUCAGAGAUUGUUAAGCAGAUUACUUCCAUCAGUAUUGAGCCUGGAGUGGAGGUUGAAGUCACCAUUGCAGAUGCCUAAGUCAACUGUUUAAAUAAAUUGACUUAAUUGUUAAAAAAAAAAAA